AUGAGGAAGACAAGGACGACUUCUUUCAAAUCGAAAUUUAAGAACACACAAGCAACGAUUUUGAAUCCAGAUGAAGACGAUGAUGAUUUCAUUACUCCGCCUAGAGAUAUGAUUCAUCGUUCAUCAUCUUCCGAGCAAUUUUCUUAUUCUGAUCUUUCGUUAGUGGAGAACAAAGAUAAUACUGAUAACAAUAAGGACUUUUCUGAUAAAAAUGAUCAGAAUGUCAAUCAAUGCCAAGUGCAUCAAGAAAACGAAUUCGAGUUCAAUGAUAAUGAGGUAGAUUAUACUCUAGACGAUGAUAACAUUGAUUUUCAGAAAGAAGAAUCUCAUGUUACACAUGAUUAUGUUUCUCCUGGUGGAUCAUCGUAUUGGAUUCCUGUUGUUUCAGACAACAUCAAACCUAAAAUCAAUUCAAUUUUUGAUUCAUAUACAUCAGCAUUAUCAAUGUAUUACAAUUAUGCAUCAUUAGCAGGCUUUGAUGUCAGGCUUGGACUAUUUAGAACAACCGAAUCCGACAUUACCACUCAACGACAUUUGCUAUGCAAUUGGGAAGGUAAACCAACAACCGCUAUGGACCCUCAACAUAAUAAGAUUCAGAGAAGGAAAGACACAUUUAGGUGCGAAUGCAAAGAAAAAAUUGUUUUUACUCUAGUACAUGGUACUAAUAAAUAUAAUGUUGUUGAAUUUGUCGAACAACAUAAUCAUAAAUUGUUUGGUAAGGACAAUAUGUUUUUGUCUCGUACAAAGAGGAAACUUGAUUAUACACAGGAGAUCUUUAUUUAUAACUUGCCAAAGCAAAAUAUUGGUGCCUCAAGAGCACAUAGAUUGUAUUCCGGACUUCAGGGUGGUUCUGACAUUCGAGGUGGGUUCGUUUCUGAUUUCAAGAACAGUACGAGAAAUCUCAAUUCUUACAUAGGUGUCAGGGAUGCAAAAUUCCUUGUAGUGAAGAUGCUGGAAAGGAAAAAAAAUAUCCCAAGUUUUUCUUUCGAUUUUAAAGUUGUUGAGAAAAAAUUGAAUUCGAUUUCUUGGGCUGAUGAAACUGCAAAGUACAACUACAAUGCUUUUGGAGACGUUGUUUCUCUGGAUGCCACAUUCAGCAUGAAUAAAUAUGAUAUGGUUUUCGUACCUUUCACUGGGAUAGAUAAUCAUAAGAAAUGUGUGACUUUUCGUGUUGGACUUUUGAGUAGAGAAGAUGCUAGUUCUUACUCUUGGCUACUUAGAGCAUUUUUGAAAGCAUUCAAAAAACAACCUACGCUUGUUCUUACAGAUCAAGAUCCAGCUUUAAACAAGGCUGUUAAUGAAAUAACAUCGCAACUAGCCACAACCUCAGCUUUUCGAAAGCGUUUUCACUCUAUAAUUUGGAAUUCUAAGCUGGAACCACAUGAUUUUGAAAAGGAAUGGAAAUCUUGUUUAAAUGAGUUUAACAUUUCAAAUAACAAGUGGUUGCAAGAGAUGUAUGGAUUGCGUAGACGUUGGGUACCUGCAUUUUUCAAGGACAUACCGAUGUCUGGUCUUAUGAGAACUACAUCAUUGUCGGAAGGCCAAAAUUGGUUGUUUCAGAACAAUACUCUUACUGGUUUUUAUCUUUUAAUGUUUAUGAUGACAUUUGAGGGUGUUAUGGAACGGCAAAGACGUAAUGAAGUUGUCAACGACUUUAACAUUGCUACAACACUUCCUAGAUUCAUCACAUAUAGUCCAAUUGAACCACAUGCUUCAAAGGUUUACACUCGUAAAAAUUUUUAUCAAGUGCAGAAAGAGAUAUCAGAUUUUGAUAACACUUGUUUCCAAAUGAGUGUUACUUUUAAUAAUGGUGUUGACACUAUUAUUGUUUUGGAGAAGCAAAAAAACAUAACAACAAGGCAACCAUCAAGUCCUAUUGUUGAUGACAAACUUGAGGAAUAUCAUUACGAUCGUCUUACAAAGGAUACCCAAUACAUCAUACAUUAUUACUUUAACACUGCAUAA